AUGAUGUAUUGUGUGUGCUACAGGCCAGGCGCUUCAUCAGGCAUACUUCUUGGAGCCACUACUCUGCCCAGCGUCAUGCUUUCUCGGUUAAUUCAACUGUCGAGGCUCUUACCAACUGAUCCUAAUGGACCUAAAGAAUUUGCAUACCUGGAAAUGCAGUACUGGGCAACAUCAAUCAGCUGUCUCAGUCUGCUAGCUUUAUUCCUUUGGCAUCUACGGAAGUCUCCCAGCAAUGGAAUUUCUAAACGUUUGGAGUACGGCUCAUUGUUGAUAGUUUUAUAUCUCAUGACAUUCUUUUUGUCCUUUCUACUGAAGACUGACGGAGGCCUGAUGGUAAUGACCGAUAUGGUGUAUAUGCUCUGUCAUGGAGUGGCUGCUGUGAUCUUAAUCAAGCAUAUUCUAGAGAAGUUUCCCUCAUGCGCAUCUUUUGGGGAGGCGCUUCUGGUGUCAGGUGGUCUUGUUCUCUACUUUGGUGAUAUGUUGGCACAUACACUUUCAAAGAUGGAGUUCUCCAUGUCAUCAAAAGCAUUCAUUCACACACCUGGAACUAGAAGCGAUAUGACCGCAAUUAUUCAGCCUGCUUUCUUGGACUUGGCAUUUGGUGCAGCAUUUGCAGUCUUCUUGAUAUUGGAGAUGAUACGAUUUAUGAACGCCUUUACCGAUCAUCGUGAUUCUGAGAUUCUUAUUGUCAGCCAUUUUUCACUCUUACUGGGCUGCGCACUUCCCAAAUGGAUGUCAUCUGGAUUAAAUGAUCGACCACUUGCCCCUUUUGCUGGAAUUCUCAGCUUGGGGAUAGGUGAUACCAUGGCAUCAAUGAUAGGGUACAAAGUCUGGCGUGUUAAGAUGGAGCAAGACAGGAAAAUUGGUUCACUUCUGAUAGCUGUCACAUUGAGUGGAUUGUUGGAGGCAUACACUGCACAGCUGGACAAUGCCUUCAUCCCCCUCGUGUUCUAUAGUCUUCUGUGUCUAUAG